AGUCUAACCGAUAAUUGGAUAAAGCAAACCGGGAAGCGAGUCAGAGCGAACAAUUAAAAUUGAAUGCUGUGUUGAUCCGUCGUUAGCGUCUGACGUGUUCACGGUGGUGGUGACUCCCAUGGACGACGGAAACCUAGGAAACAACAACCGUAACUUCAACGGUGGCUCUGGAGACCGUCUAACCGCCGAUUCGUUGCCGUUAAUCGAUACACGACUCUUAUCCCAGUCAGAACUCCGCGCGCUCUCUCGCUGCUCCCCUCUCUCCACGUCGUCGUCUUCGUCCUCUCUCGCUUCCGCCGGCGGAGACGACGAUUUAACGCCGAAAAUCGAUCGGUCCGUAUUCAAUGAGUCCGCCGGUAGUCGAAAACAGACGUUUCUCCGCCUCCGCCUCGCGCGCCACCCUCCGCCACCUAAACCUCCUUCUCCGCAACGGCAAAGAGACGAUUCGUCCCGCGAAGAAGUGGCGUCGCUUCUCAGAUCUCUGUUCUCAGUCGAUUCGGCUCAUACGAAAGAGGAAGAAGAGGCUGAAGUCGAUGUCGAAGGUCAGCCGCUGAUCUCGUUUCCUAUCCAUAGUAACAGCAUUGUGUAUCAGAAUCCGUAUUUUGAUUCGGUUCAGGGAAACGCCGGUGAUGAAAGGAGAAAGAGGCCAGGGCGGCCGAGAAAGAUUAUGAACCCUAGCGACUUGGGAAUCUCCACGGAGUCGAAUCCAGGGAAGAGAAAGAGAGGUCAUCCUCCAAAGAUUAGAGAUGGUUCCAAUCAGAACUUCAAGAUUGAGGAUAAGGAAGAGAGUGUGGACUUGGAGAACAGAGAAGGUACAGUGGUGGACCUGAGUGCAUUGGCUUGUGUUGGAGAAGAUCCAUAUGGAGAUGAGCUGAGGAGGAUGACGAUGGGGUUGGUGACCAGUGAAGAGUUGUUAGGUUUCUUGGAAGAGAUGAAUGGUGACUGGGUGAAUGCUGGGAAGAGGAAUAAAGUUGUGAAAGCUUGUGAUUAUGGAGGAUACUUACCCAGAGGAUGGAAACUUAUGCUCUGCAUCAAAAAGCAAGGUAGCAAUCUGUGGCUGGCUUGUCAUAGAUACAUCAGUCCUGAUGGACAUGAGUUUGCAAACUGCAAGGAAGUCGCUACAUAUGUGCAAGCUCUUAUUGAUUCCCGAAGCAAGAACCAGCUCAAUUCAUUGCAACCUGAGAACAAGACUCGAGAACAACCAGUGAUGGCUAAUGAACCUGUAGUAGAUAGCUCUGAUUCAGCGAGCGAGACCACCCUUGAGCGUAAGAGAACCAGCAGUGAGGUGUGUGAUGAAGAUACAACAGAUCCAGUGAAAACCAGACUGGUGGAGGAAGAUGAUAAAGGGAUAUCUGCAGCAAAUUUUGCGAAUGGAGAUAACAUGGAGAAUGUAGCGGCUCUAUCAAACUCAGAAGCUCAAUUUGGAGAAAAAGAUGCAAGGCUGUUCAUCUAACUGAGAAGCUUCAACCAAACCCCUGAGUUUCAGUGAACUAAUUGAUUUUUCUCAUUGUAGUUAAAAAAGAUUUUGCGUUUCCAUGCUUGGCCAAAGCAUGUUUUAGCUGACAAACAGGAUAUCGAAUUUGAAAGGUACAUGUACAAAACAAUUGAUAGAAACAACAAUUCAGCGAAUUAAAGAGUUUUUUUGUUU